GUGUGUGAUUAGCCGUCUCCAACAGACGGGGAUUAAGCCUGGGGAGUGUGUAAUUAUGAAUCGAGCAUACGUCAGCAGAUAAAGCGGCAGCGGCAGCGGCAGCCACCCGAGCGAGGCGCGGCGGGGGGUGGAUGCCCUCCGGCGACCACCCAGAGCCGCGAGACGACCGGGCAACGGGCCUUCCGAGCUCCAACGAGGAGUGCCACGACGCGCACACACGGCGCUCCCCAGCCGGCUGGCAGGGCAGCUCUUCACCCCCCCAUUCACCCUCCUCCUCUUCCUCACCCUCCUCCUCCUCCUCCUCCUGCUGCUGCUGCGGGACAGACAGCAUCCUAUGCAGCUCAAGAUGGCGGUGCAGGCAGCAGAAAACGAGGCGAUUAUGGUGGAGGACGAGCAGCUGAACGACUCGCUGGGGAGCGUCGGCCUCAUCUCACCUGACAAGGAGGAUCUUGCACGGCUCCUGACGGUGCCCUUCAGCGGGCGCAUCCGGGGCGGCAUGAGACCAGGGAAGAAAAUCAUCGUUAUGGGCAUCGUGGACCUGGAGCCAGACAGUUUUGACGUCAGCCUGACCUGCGGCCGGGACAAGGACAAGGACGAGGAUGAGGCGGCGUACGACGUGGCCCUCAAACUCACCGCCCGCUUCUCGGACCGCCAGUUCCUGCGCAGCGCCCGCGUGGCCGGCAAGUGGACCGAGGAGGAGGCCUCCACCGCCUACUUCCCCUUCAUCCCAGAUCAGCCUUUUCGGGUGGAGAUCCACUGCGAGCACCAGCGGUUCCGGAUAUUCGUGGACGGACACCAGCUCUUUGACUUUUACCACAAAGUAAAAUCUUUGGCCUCGAUCGACACGGUGCGGAUAGACGGAGACCUACAGAUCACCAAGCUGGGCUGAGCGCGCACGCACACCAACGGAAGCUCGGCGGCUCGGCUUUGUGCGCGCGGAGGACUUGUUCGAGCGCUCGCCCGAGCGCGUCUGCCCCGCCCAUCACACGUAACGCACCUCCUCGGCUUCUUCUUUUUUUUUUUUUUUUCUCACCCCCCCCCCCACCCCCUAACCCUUCUCUGCGAGCGGUCAUUUGAUUUUUAUUUCUCAGGUUUUAGUUUCAUCAAAUCUCUACAAUCCUUCCCACGUGCUAUUUCGGAGUUUUUCUUCUUGGAAAAUGUAUGCUUUUUAUGAUUAUAUGGGAUUCGAGUUGAAAUGAAACGCGGGGCCUCUCGUCAUGACUUUCUGUUUUUAUGUCGUUGCAAUUAAAUGUUUUCAUUAAAUGA